GUGGACCGUGGUGACGGAGAUGAGCGCCAGCCGCAGCGCUGCCGGUGUCACCGUGUUUGACGGACGCAUCUUUGUCUCUGGCGGCCAUGACGGUUUACAGAUCUUCAACACGGUAGAGUACUACAACCACCACACUAACCGCUGGCACCCUGCGGCGGCCAUGAUGAACAAGCGCUGUCGUCACGGGGCGGCGGCUCUGGGCAGUCACAUGUACGUGGCGGGGGGGUACGACGGCUCGGGCUUCCUGAGCGGGGCCGAGGUGUUCAGCUCGGUGUCGGGUCAGUGGAGCCUUCUAGUGGCCAUGAACACGCGGCGCAGCAGAGUGUCGCUGGUGUCUACGUCGGGGCGCCUGUACGCGGUGGGCGGCUACGACGGACAGUCCAACCUGAGCUCGGUAGAGAUGUACAACCCCGACACAAAUCGUUGGACCUUCAGGGCGCCCAUGGUCUGCCACGAGGGGGGGGUUGGAGUGGGCUGCGUCCCGCUGCAGCCCGCCUAAACCCUCCACUCAGAGGCCGAGGAUACAUGCGUUACUGUUGACAGAGGACGGCGCGGCGGCGCCCUUCGUUGGCGUUCACUGAGCUUCAUCGGUACGACGGCCGGGCUCAGACCUGCACACUGACGCCAGGCCUGUGGGAUUGUGGGUAAAAACUGUAGAGCUAGCCUGUGGAGGCUAGCUGCUAGCCUCGUGUUUAUACUUGAUCUAAACAGGAAGUCACUUCCUCUCCAAAACAAACAAACAAACAAAGCUGCUGACUGUAAACGGGACGAGCGCUCGGAUCUGUUUUCUGUUCACUGGACCGAAUUAUUGAUCGGCUGUAAUCAAUGAGUAUGAUUGACAAACAGGAAGUGGAGGUGCAGACACAUGAAGAAGAAACAGUGCGAGCUCCUCCAGCGCCCCCUGCGGUCUGAUUAUUGAUCUGAAGCCUCAUGUCUGUCUGUCUGUCUGUUGCUUAUCUGAUAGAUGCUAACAUGCUAACACCAACAUAUAGGCGUGGAUUUGAAUGAAACUUUCAGGGUGUUUCAGGUCCAUAUAUGGACAUAUCCUGUGAGGUCUGUGACGGUUGUUGAUUUCUGUUUAUGUGUUGAGCCACGCCACCUCUGAAGCUCAUUGGUCGAUAUGUUGAAAACUAUUAAUUACGGCGCCACCAUCUGGCUGAUGAGGCAAAUGUUUGUUGGGAAGCACAUCCUCAUUAUUUCCUGUUAUUGGACCAAGUUUCAUGUUUCUAGAUAAUUCCAGCUCACUCUGAUAAUAAUAAUAAUGAUAAUAAUGAUAAUAAAAGUGUUUCAGGCCCUUCUACCCCUCAUAAAAGCUCAUGUAGUCGGAUAGCAGUGUGUUGAAUUAGCUGUUAGCGGCUCCUGUUAGCAUUGUAUCAUGGAUGCACAGACAGGAUAAUCCUCUUUGUGGAUUUCUGGACGUUUAUCAGAGUUAUUGAUCUCCUCACUGAAUGAUCAAUCAAUAUGAAUAUCUGUUUACUGUUUGAGUUCUCUCUUUUAUCUCUCUGAGGAGGAAGAGGGGGAGGAGGAGGUAGCAGUGUGUUUACUUCCCCUUCAGCUCUCUGGCGCCCCCCUGUGGAGGCUUUAUUCUUUGUCCUGCUGAACGUAGUUCCACCAGAUGAAGCUGCAGUUCGUCUAGCGGCCACUAGAGGCUCCAGCAGUGAGUCAGGCUCCAUAUGGUAUACAUAUAUGGAUAUGUUUACAGCCUGUUGCUCUCUACAGAUCAUCUCCCCUCUUUAAAUGAUAUUAAAGGUUGAAGUUAUGCAGAAUUAAGGGCGUUUGUCCUGAUGGGGGAGCUAGAGGACAAAAGGCUGCUGUUCACAUUUAAUCAAUAAAGACGUGAUUAAUACUUUUUUUUUUUUAAAAGGUCUUAACAAUGAUUGGAUAUUGAUCUCCUGUUUGAAGUAGGGCAGCAGUCAAUCAAUAAUUGAUUGAAUAUCUGUGCAGCCCUACUCUUACAGCAAAUAAUCCAUCAGAGUUUAAUCUGCAGACUCGAUCAAUCAAUGUUAAUUAAACCAUAAUCAAUAAUUCAUUCCAGACCUUUCAGCUGCCUCGUGAGGUCUUCCUCAGCUGUCGUCAUGGAGACGUUCAGUUGUUUGUGAUGAAGACCAGGACAUACAGCUGAAAGCUUUGGGCUUUUUCCAGUAAGCACUGAGAGUAAACAUUCAUUGAUAUUGAUAUUGAUAAGUAAACACUGAUGUUACUGAGUCUGCUCUCUCCAGCUUCGUUUUUUUAUGUAUUGAUUAUUGAUGAUUGAUUAUUUUUUUCCUUAGAGGUUUGUGGAUCAUUAAAAUGCUGCUGUUUCCCGA